AGGCAGGGAGGGGAGGUUAAACAAGGCCGGGAGCUCCAGGAACUAUAGAUUCUUCCCGUGGGAUGCCAUGCGAGGACCAAGGCAAGGAGGAGGAGGAGGGAGGGGGACAGGACGGACGCAGGUAUUAAAAUUCAGAGCCGUGUAAAUCUCCUGUCCUUUGACCUGCGAGCUGUCUUCGCUCCAAUGCCCUUGAUCGGCUAUAUAUAUGCACCGAACAUACAUAGACACUCAGGUGCAGCAGGUUAGCUGGAUUGAGGUGAGAAUCAGUUGAGAGGAGCAGAGCGCGCAACGGGUGUGGAGAAGGCAUGAGGUUGCUAGGUGGGAUUGUGAGGCUUGUUGCUCUGGUGUUGAUGUUGGUCGUCGGUUCGUCGGUUCACCAGGCGGUGGGAGUUGGUGCUAUCAGGCUGCACGACAGAAGGACGCACGGGGAGCAGUGGGCGGAGGAGAGGAUGCAGAUGAGGUCCUACAUGACCAUGGACUACACCCGCGUCAAGCGCCGCACGCCCAAGCACAACUGAUUCAGCUAUAGCUAGCUAGAAGAAAGCCUCUUGUCUCCGGGCUCUGGCUCCUUCAGCAGCGACCGUCUGCUCAAAUGUGUUAGCAGGGGAAGCUCUGGAUUCAGCUAGCGAUCGAGAAGAAGCUCUCAGCUCCCCUAAUCCUCCUUCUUACUUCUUUAGUAGUAUGUGUGUGUAUGUAUGCGUCCGGCGUGCAGAUCCAUCUGUGCACGCAAAUUUUGCCCCCUGACCAAAUGUUAUUACUACUAGCUUGAUUAAUUUAGGAUAUAUACUUACGCAGUUAUUAUGGUAGCACUAGCAGUGUUCAUCUUUCAGUUACACUUUUGUAAGAAGGUACUGUAGUAAUGUGGAUUCGUUUGGUGAAGUCCUGGUUAUUUCCCCUGUAAGUGAGGAGUGAUCAUGCACUACUGUAACAUCUCAAUCGUAAUGGAACCAGACGAGCCCA